UCGCUCGACGCAUUUACAAUAGAUAAUUUUUUCUCAGCUGAUACAGCAAAUCAAAAUAAAAGAAAAACCGAUUGUGUUGAAAUUCUUUGCUAACAUUAUUUUUAAAAGGUAAAAAAAGUAUUUUUUGUGAAAAUGAGUACAACGGAGUUGUGGUUCGACGAUUCAUCGGACGAUGAAAGAUUAGUGGAACUAGCUAGAAGUAGAAAACAGUUGAGGGACGCAUCCAACCACCUAGAAAUGGCUUCCACUGAAUUUUUAAAGAACUUUAGAUUAUCUAAAGAGCCGUUUGUGAACCUACUGUCCAGUACAGAAAACCAGUUGCAGCAGUGCACCCGAGCAGAAUUGAUUCCAAAUAUUUUAAAGCUAGCCACAGUUCUGCGAGUUUGUGCUCAGGGAUCGUACCAAUUGAGUAUUGGUAAUGAAGGUAUGCUAGGACUUGCUCAACCCAAUGUGUACGAUGAUGCUGAAGAUAUUGAAGUGGAGUCAAAUAACGGAGAAUUAGAAAACAUAAGAAAUGAAAUUUUGAGAAUAUUUUAGAAAAAUCUAAAAA